AUGGCCUGGCCUCCCCAGACACAGCCAGACCUUGACAGUCCCAAACUCAGCCUCCCCAAACCCAGGCCUUCCCAGGCCCAGCCUCCCGAAAUCCAGGCCCAGCCUCCUCAAACCCAGGCCCAGCCUCCACAAACCCUGGCCCAGCCUCCCCCAGCCCAGCCCAGCCCAGCCUCCCCAAACCCAGGCCCAGUCUCCCCCAGCCCAGCCCAGCCUCCCCAAACCCGGCCCAGCCUCCUCAAACCCAAACCCAGCCUCCCCAAACCCAGCCUCCACAGGCCCAUCCUUCACAAACCCAGGCCCAGCCUCCACAAACCCAGGCCCAGCCUCCUCAAACCCAAACCCAGCCUCCCCAAACCCAGGCCCAGCCUCCCCCAGCCCAGCCUCCCCAAACCCAGGCCCAGCCUCCCUAAACCCAGGCCCAGCCAGUCAGACCUAACCUAA